AUGACUAUUGGAUGCGCCUUCGCCAAGCUUUCUGAUGUCCGACCUUUCAAGACAACAUGGAAGGUCCGCGUUAAGGUGAUUCACUCCUGGAGGCAGUACAGCGGCAUGUCCGGCGAAACGAUGGAUCUGGUUCUCGCUGAUGAACAUGGUACUAAAAUGCAUGCUGGAAUUAAGAAGAAGGAUAUAGGCCGGUUAUCAAAGCUUCUGGUCGUUGGUGAAUGGAAAGUGUUGGUGAACUUUCAGGUAUCUCCUGCAACUGGGCUAUUUCGACCAACUCCAAGCAACUGGAAGAUUGGGUUGUCCAUGAACACAAUCGUUACCACAUGCAGCAUCAAAGUGGACGACAUGUUCCUUUCGUUGGUACCUAUCCAGACGAUCCUAGAUGGUGAUUUGAAUCACAAUUUCUUGAUUGAUGUCAUUGGACAGGUUCUUGAUGUCAGUGAGAUCAAAACUGUUCCUGUACUUGGGAGAGAAAAGCGGAAGCUAGAGUGCGUGCUUAGGGACAUUAAUGAUCAGAGAAUCAACUGCUGUCUGUGGGCUGGAUACGCUGACCAACUGUACGAGGCAUGCAGUGAUAUGCAAGUAACUAAUGCUUUUGACGCAUCUAAGCUUAUCAUCAACCCUAUUUGCCAAGAAGCAGAUGCUUUCAGGAUUGGCUUGCCAGAUGACGGUGCGAUUGUUGUCAUCCAAGAGGAUGAUGAAGAGGCUGAGAAGCAAAGGAUGAAGGAGCAGGAAGAUGCGUGGCUGGCGUUGGAAAUGAAAUCUGUGUAUGAGAUUCAGAAUGCUACUGAGAUAGAGAAAUUCAGGAUUUCUGUCAAAGUGACUGGAAUUGAUACCGACUGGGGUUGGUAUUAUUUCGGAUGUGGAAAGUGCCAGUUCAGGGUCACCAAGGAUCUGAAGAAGGAAGGAGCCACAAAACCUCGCCCCAAAGCACCCCGUGUGGUACUGUUCAAGUUGCACCUUCUGGUAGAGGAUGACUCGGCCAAAACAAAGGUUAUGCUUCUUGAUUCCGUUGCUUAUGGCAUCGUGGAUAAAACAGCUUCCUUCCUGCUAAACGGAUCAUACGAUGAGAUUCAGGAUCCAGAAUUAAUACCCGAUGACGUCAAGAGUUUAGUUGGAAAAAGUUUCGAGUUUCUGGUCGGUGUCGAGAAGGAACACAUUGUGUAUGGAAAUGACACCUACAAGGUGCAUAAGGUCAAGAAAGGACUUCUCAUUCUCGACACGGAAUCUGGCGAUGGACCAUUCACUGCCAUUGAUAAUGGUUCGACCAUUGCAUCUGGCGAGGAGUUGUCGGUUGUCAAGAGUAACAGCCAAAGCAUUUCAGAUGAUGGUUCAACCCCAUCACCGAAGCGUGAUUUUGAAUCAAUGCAUGGUGUCCCAGCCGGCUCUUCCACUUCGAAGAAGCCUUGCCCCAAGCAACUUCCUACAGAGCCAGUAGAGAGCUGGUCAAUCCGGGUGGACUACUUAGCCAGCAUCCCGAAGCAAAUAAAGACCGAAGCUAAGCUCCACCAACUCACCGAGAAGUGA